AUGUAUAAUAACGUAAAAGUGCCGAAAGAGAAUCGCAUUGGGGAAGAUGGAUUUGGAUUCAAUUUUGCCAUGAGUACUCUUAAUGGUGGAAGGAUCGGAAUUGCAGCCCAGGCACUUGGAAUAGCACAGGGAGCCUUUGAACUUGCUGUUCAGUAUUCACAUGAGAGAGAAACAUUUGGUAAACCUAUAGCUCAACAUCAGGCUAUUGCAUUUAAACUGGCAGAUAUGGCAACCGACAUUCAGGCUGCAAGAUUAUUGAUUCACAGGGCUGCAUGGCUGAAAGACCAGAAACAGGAUUUUAUCAUGGCAAGUGCCAUGGCAAAAUAUUUUGCUGCUGAGAUGGCAAUGAAGCAUACUGUGGAAGCUGUUCAGAUACAUGGAGGAUAU